GGGGUGGAUCCAGUGAGAGGCGGCCCCCCCUGGCCGCAGUUACGCGUGGAUACGCCUUUAAAAGGCUCACCAUGUUGCCAUCACAUGCUCCAGCGCAGAAGUAGGAUGAGGAUGUCCUCGUUAUGUAAAACGCGUUUGUUACUUAUAUCGUGAAGGCGCUUGUGAGAGUUUCUUGUUGUUGGGAGGUUCGUUGACUUUACGAGGCAGGAGGAGCCGCCGUGCGUGUGCCCGUCCGUCAGUGUGCUGCGAGUUGUUGUUCAGCAGCGAACACACACUGACUGGUGCGCAAACUGAGAGCAGCCGUGUGUGUUAAUGCCAAGUGACGGAUAUCAGCGACGUGUGUGUGUGUCUCCGGCGGCUUCUCUCGAGCCUUGCAGCCGCGUGUCGGUGCAGGAGGAGCGGAUGUAAAAAAAGAGAAACCUCCGCCUGCUUGCGUCGGGAAGAAGCGCUGCCUCUUCUUCUAGCGAGUUGUUCGCUCUUCCUCUCGUCGACAGCGAAGGGGUCCCCUCGAGUGUGGAGGAAAAACAUCGGCCACAGUCGUGUUUAUUUCCCCCAGUGGAGUGAAGCUGCGUCGGUUAACCAGGCGGCCGGGGCGGACUCGCCUCACCUACCGUGGCCGUGUGGGGGGAAACAAGGUGCCCGGACUCAGGCUCCUCUCUCGCCGCUGACAAGCAGACGGAGACGGUGGCAGCCACGCACAGCUACGUUACGGCCCCGUGGAGAAGCAUGUGAUGACUCACGCAAGGCAGAAGGGUUCCCUCAGGCAGAGCCGCAGCAGUGCUGAGUGGUGGGACAACUGUCCUCUUGGGCCACAUGGUGGCACUAUGGGCGGCACUGGGCCUGAGCGCUCACUCAGAUUUGGCAGGACAAAGAAGAUAAGUGACGUCACCAAAAUGGGGAAAGAAAUGGGCAAGAAGAUGACUCACAAGAGAGGGAGAAGAGAAAAAUCUGAUCAGAACAGGAAACUCGACCGACGGCGCAACAAAAAAUUGGACAGGAAGUUGUAUCCCUUGAGAGGGCGGGCUGGGGGUUCAGGUGAGGAGGGGCUCAGCUGCCACGUCCUCCUCACCCGAUUAGAGGAAAGCAUCCGUGAAAAAGAGAGUUCUGAAGAAAAGAAAGGAAACAAUGCACGUCGACAUUCAGCCCUGAAAAGUAAACCCAAAAAAGGGAAACGCAACGAAAGAAAAGAGGCAAAGAGUUCACCAAAAAACAAAUCAAAGUCAGUUAGCCCAAGUCAUGGGGAGGGUAUUCUUGUCUUACAACCACGCAAGCGCAGGCUGGCCUCUCUCAAUGCUGAGGCAGUGAACAGUCUACUGCUUGAAAGGCCUUCUGACCCUCAGCCAGCAGCCAAACAGGCCAGGAGACAGAUAGAACCCACAAAUGGAGGGGGUUUGUCCGAUGCAGAGCCAACCAGAAGUGGUGUCCCUGGAAAUCUGAAGGCUUCACGAGGUAACGUCAGUAAAGUCUCCUCAUCUCAAAGACAUGAACUGUGCCAAAGCUCUAAGCCAGUCAAGAGGGCCAAAGUCAGUCGUGCUGAUGUGCGCAGGGAGAUGAGUCAGGAGAGUCUGGAUGCUCCUGCCCCCAGACGAUUGGCUGGACUCAAUGCCGCAGCCCUGCUGAAGUUAACCAGCUCCUCUGCUACCAGUAAACAGAGAUUAAAGGCUGCACCCACAGCUACUAUCACAUCAGACUGCAAGGCUCCGGCUGCAGUCUCAACCCCAAUACAGGACUCUAGAGUCAAACACAAACACAAAGGGCGAUCACAAAAGCAGAAGGGGAAGAAGGCCCCCUCCCCACACAGCGGUUGCACAGCCUGCAAGAAGAAGGCGGACUUUGAGCCCAAAGUUGAGUGGGAAACCAGCAACUGCACACAUAGACUGACCAAACCAGGCUACCAGUCACGCAGCAUGCUAGCCUACCCGCUUAAGCAAGUGAAAGAGGAGCAGCUGGAAACUGAACUGAGCCCAUACUACUGCUGUCCACCAGAGGGCUCAGUAGAAUACUGCCACCGUUUGGCCUUCUUUCUGGGUCAGCAGCCCUAUCGAGAAUCAGACGAACAGCCGCUUAACACAGCCAUGACCCCUGUGAAGCGCGAGUGCCUCGUAACCUCACCGUCCCUGACCCAUUCCCAUCCGCACACAGCCCUAACCCUCAGCUCCCACCCCUGCCUCUGCACCGCUGACCACUGCUUCUCCAGCUACUACGUCCACAUUGCCCACCCGACACACACUGGAACAACAUCACAAUCCCUGGCCCCGCGACCUCUGAACUUUGCCCAGUCCAGUCUGUGCCCUAACCGGAUGACUGGCUCCAAGCUCCUGGGUUCACGGAUGUCCCACAGCUCAGGGCUGGCUCACCCCGCCUACUGCAACUCUGUGGCUUCGCCCUGUUAUGGUGAUGCCUGCGGGAUCAAUGGCUACACCUACAGAGCCAUGCCUCCCGUCACCAGCAGGGGUUGCUCUUUCAGCACAGGAUGCACUGGAUGUACACACAGCAUCAAAACAGAGGGUUACACCUCCCCUCAGGGUGACCACAGCUCCUCCCUUCUGGUAUCCCCAUCCCUGCCUAUCUCCAGCUGCCCUCUCUCCAGCGUGCCCACCUCCACCCAGACUAAACCCCACCUGCUGACCCCCCUGUCUGGGCGGGACCAGCCCCAGGCCAGGUUAAAGCUGGCCAGGGAAUGCUCUCAGAGCACCAAGCCCUCCAAUGGCUCUCUGUCCAUAGGUCGCACACGUUUCCCUCAGAAAGAGUCUUCACCCGUGCCAAGCUUGACCAGCACCAAACAGAAGAAGAUCAGCCGCAGACGUGCCACCAACGGCUGGCGGCCUGUUGGAAUGCCCACUGAAAGGGAGGUCUUCAUUGCGGGGGAGGAUGAGACAGCCCUACGGCAGUGUUAUGAAGGAGUCGAGAGGGACGGUGAAGUGAUACAUGUCCGAGACACAGUGCUGCUACGAUCGGGCCCCAGGAAGAAAUCCCUCCCAUAUGUUGCCAAGAUAUCAGCGCUGUGGGAGGACCCCAAAACAGGAGAGCUGAUGAUGAGUCUUUUCUGGUACUACCGACCUGAGCACACCCAGGGAGGCCGAGAUCCCAGUGCACACUGUGAGAAUGAGAUUUUCGCCUCUCGGCAUCAGGAUGAAAAUAGUGUGGCCUGCAUAGAAGACAGAUGCUAUGUUCUCCCACUAGCCCAGUACUGUAGAUAUUGUGCCUUGGUGAAGCGGCGUUCCGAAGGUGCCCCAUCUGGCAGCGCCAGCAUGGUGCCCUGCCGCCCGGACUUUGCCCCCCCCUCCCACCGCUGUGUGCCCACAGACGUUGACCCCGAGCUGGUGUAUCUCUGCCGGCACGUCUACGACUUCCGCUAUGGACGCAUCCUGAAGAACCUCCAGUAGAGGGCAGAGGGUUUGUCUAUGAAUUAAUCAUCGCAAAAGUCCCGAAGGAGCAAACACCCCUGGUCUUUUCUGCUGGGGACCUCACAGUCAGAGGGAAGGGGGAGGAUGGGGUUGGGUUGGUGAUGCAAAAAGUGUUUUUACAAAGCACAGAUCCCUUUAGUCAACUACAGAGGGGGGUUACAAUGUGAUAGAUGAAUCUGUCUCAGCCAGGGCACUGAUAUUUCCUGCUUUGGAACAGUGAGGAGGGGACCUUUCGUCCAUCAGCUUGGAUUUUUUUGGCUUCCACAGCACUCCGAGGUUACAUAAAAGGUUGUGUCUCCCCCUCCCCUUUGCCUGCCAGGAAUGCUGAACACCAGGCUGAACUUGGCUACUGUCAGGACCGCGUUUCCCCCAAAGCAUCUUAGCACAACAAUCAUGUUUGUUCCAUUUGUAAACCAAUGGCUCAGGGAUGGUCUGCCUCUAAGGUGCUUCUGGGGAAGACAAGCCUGCACUGUCAGCUCGAUGUUAACGGUGUUCAACCAGCCAGGGUGGAGGAGCAGCUAAUGGACAGUGUCGUCUUAUUUCCCCUGAUUUGAGUUUGUCUC